AUGCUUAUCUUUUUUUGCAAACUCCUGCUUUUCCAUCAUUUUCAUGCAACAGCAGAAAACACACUUUGCCAAAUGAUGGGGGACCCUAAAUACCCGCUGCUGUCUAAGGAUGGAGACAUAACUAUUGGAGGACUGUUUGCAAUACACAAACAAGAAACAUUAUCUUCAUUUGAGUUCAAACAAAAACCCCAGCUUCUGUAUUGCUCCAGUGUAAAUUUAAGAGAUUUCCGGAUGGCUCAAAUCAUGGCUUUUGCCACUGAGGAGAUUAACAGAAGUGAAACUUUACUUCCAAAUGUUUCUAUUGGCUACAAAAUCUAUGAUACCUGUGGAUCAAGAAUGUCGUCUAUGAGUGCAACUAUGGCAGUGAUGAAUGGUCAGGAGUUUGCAGCUGGAAACAGAUGCAAUGGACAGCCUCCUAUACAUGCUAUUAUAGGAGAUACAGAGUCUUCCACCACAGUGAUUUUGUCCAGAACCACAGGACCUUUUAAAAUUCCAGUGAUAAGUCCAUUAGCUGCAUGUGAGUGUCUCAGUAAUAGGAAAGAUUUCCCCUCUUUCUUUAGGACUAUUGCUAGUGAUUAUCACUACAGUGAAGCUCUUGCAUACAUAGUCAAACACUUUGGCUGGACUUGGGUUGGAGCUGUGAACAGUGACAAUGAUUAUGGAAACUAUGGAAUGGCCACAUUUCUAAAAAUAGCACAGGAGGAGGGGAUUUGUGUAGAGUACUCUGAAAGAUUUUACCGAACAGAGCCUGAGAAAAUUAAAAAAGUAGUAGAUAUUAUAAAACAAGGCACUGCUAAAGUGAUUGUUGCAUUUGUUUCGUUUCUUGAUAUGGGAUUACUAAUUGAGCAACUGAGUAUUCAGAACAUAACAGGCAUCCAAAUUAUUGGUUCAGAAGCUUGGAUAACUGCAAAAAAUUUCAUUACUCCUAACAGUUUUCGAGUGAUGAGAGGGUCACUGGGAUUUGCAGUGCGAAAAGUAAACAUUGAAGGGUUUGCAAAUUAUGUAAUGAAAGCAUUUUGGGACACAGCUUUUCGGUGCUCACAGACAGAUGAGAAAUUAUCUCUAUAUGAAAUAAACUGCACCCAACAUCAGGAUUUACUUGUGCUAAAAAAUUACAAUGGAGAUGUGCCUGAGCAAAGAUAUUCAAGUAAUGUCUACAAAGCAGUGUACGCUGUGGCUUAUGCACUACACAGUCUGCUAAAGUGCAAAGAACAAGAAGGUUGUGAGAGAGACCUGACAAUACAACCACAGCAGGUGGUUGAGGCUCUAAAAAAGGUCAAUUUCACUGUAAAGACAGGAGAUCAUGUGUGGUUUAACAGUACUGGUGAAACUUUACCUCAGUAUGAACUCUUAAACUGGCAACAAGACUCAGAUGGAUCAAUUCAAUUUAAACCAGUGGGUUACUAUGAUGCCUCACUGCCCCCUGACCAGCGCUUUGUACUUAACACUGAAAACAUAAUCUGGGCUGGAGAACAACAAGAGAAGCCAAUGUCUGUAUGCAGUGAGAGUUGUCCACCAGGCACUAGGAAGGCCGCACAGAAAGGAAGACCUGUCUGCUGUUAUGACUGUAUUACAUGUGCAGAUGGAGAAAUCAGUAAUGAGACAGAUUCAAAUAACUGCCAGCAGUGUCCAGGGGAAUUCUGGUCUAAUACUGAGAACACUGAAUGUGUGUUAAAGGCUGUAGAGUUUCUGUCAUUCACAGAAGUUAUGGGUAUAUUGUUAGUCUUUUUCUCUCUGUUUGGAGUAGGAAUAACUUUACUGGUGGCCAUCCUGUUUUACAGUAAGAAGGACACUCCCAUAGUAAAAGCCAACAACUCAGAGCUGAGCUUCCUGUUGCUCUUCUCAUUGACUUUGUGUUUUCUGUGUUCACUUACUUUUAUUGGUCGCCCCACUGAGUGGUCCUGUAUGUUGCGUCACACAGCGUUUGGGAUCACUUUUGUCCUCUGUAUCUCCUGUGUUCUGGGGAAAACAAUAGUGGUGUUAAUGGCAUUCAAGGCCACACUUCCAGGAAGUAAUGUCAUGAAAUGGUUUGGGCCUCCUCAACAAAGACUCAGCGUUCUUGGUUUCACACUUAUACAAGUUCUUAUCUGUGUGCUUUGGCUAACAAUAUCUCCUCCUUUCCCCUACAAAAAUAUGAAACAUUAUAAGGAGAAGAUCAUUCUUGAAUGCAGUCUGGGUUCUACUAUAGGUUUCUGGGCUGUGUUGGGUUAUAUUGGCCUACUGGCCGUCUUGUGCUUUAUUUUGGCCUUUCUGGCUCGGACGCUUCCUGAUAACUUCAAUGAAGCUAAAUUCAUCACAUUCAGUAUGCUCAUAUUCUGUGCUGUAUGGAUCACAUUUAUCCCAUCGUAUGUCAGUUCACCUGGAAAAUUUACUGUAGCUGUGGAGAUAUUUGCCAUUUUAGCAUCAAGUUUUGGUUUACUUUUCUGCUUAUUUACACCCAAAUGUUACAUAAUACUUUUUAGGCCUGAACAAAAUACAAAAGAAAAUUUAUUGGGAAAAACACAAAUAAAGUCCUACUAA